AUGAAUUAUCAAUUUACAGAUAAAACAGAGAAAACUAUCUCAGAUUCAUAUUCAUUAGCUCAGAGCCAUGGGCAUAGUCAGUUGACACCAAUACAUAUUGCUUUAACAUUGUUGAUGGAAGAAAAUCCGCAACUUUUGCGUGUUAUUAUUGAGAAAUCUGGCGGAGACGUUAGUAAAUUUGAAAGGGAUGUCCGUAGAUUAUUGGUACGGAUGCCAGUGCAGGAACCGGCGCCGGAAAAUGUGUCUUUGUCACCACAAUGUAUGAAGAUGUUACGAACGGCCCAUGAGCUUCAAAAGCGUCAACGUGAUGUAUAUAUGGCUCAGGAUCACUUGAUAUCUGCACUGUCAGAAGAUCCAGCGAUUAAAGCAAUAUUAAGUGAGAUGGGAAUAACAUCUCAGUUAUUAGAUCAAGCAAUUCAAAAAGUACGAGGGAAUCACCGUAUAGAAUCAAAAUCAGCAGAAUCUGGCUUUGAUUCUCUCUCUAAAUAUACUGUUGAUUUGACUGAGCAAGCAAGAAAUGGCACACUUGAUCCUGUAAUUGGACGUGAGGAUGAAAUACGUCGCACGAUUCGUGUACUGUCUAGACGGACUAAAAACAAUCCAGUUUUAAUAGGAGAACCUGGUGUAGGCAAAACUAGUGUUAUAGAGGGACUUGCUCAAAGAAUUGUAAAUUCUGAUGUUCCAUCUAACCUCUUAACAUGUAAAUUACUUAGCCUUGAUGUGGGAGCUUUGGUUGCAGGAAGUAAAUUUCGUGGAGAAUUUGAAGAAAGAAUUAAGUCUGUAUUAAAAGAAGUUGAAGAUUCUCAAGAAAUAAUUAUUUUAUUUGUAGAUGAAAUUCAUUUACUUAUGGGUGCCGGAAACACUGGAGAAGGAGGUAUGGAUGCAGCUAACCUUCUUAAGCCAAUGUUAGCAAGAGGUAAACUUCAUUGUAUUGGUGCUACAACAUUAGGAGAAUAUCGUAAAUAUAUAGAAAAAGAUGCUGCUUUUGAAAGAAGAUUUCAACAAAUAUUGGUCAAAGAACCUUCUUUGCCAGAAUGUAUUUCAAUUUUAAGAGGACUUAAAGAAAAGUAUGAGGUUCAUCAUGGUGUAACGAUUCUCGAUUCUAGUCUUGUUUCUGCUGCGACUCUUGCGUCUCGCUAUCUUACUGGGAGGAGAUUACCUGAUAGUGCAAUUGAUCUUAUUGACGAAGCAGCUGCCUCUGUGCGUGUUGCAAGAGACAGUGCGCCUGAAGAAUUAGACAAUCUUGAACGUCAAUUAAGACAGCUUCAAGUUGAGAUUCACGCCUUAGAAAGAGAGAAAGAUGAUUUAUCAAAAGAACGUUUAGCAAAAGCUCGCCUUGAAAUGGCAAAUGUAGAAGAAAAAUUAUUACCUUUAAGAGAAAGGUAUCAAAUAGAAAAACAAAGAGUUAAUGAUAUUCAAAAAGCAAAAAAGCGAUUAGAUGAGUUAAAAGCUAAAGCAUUGGACGCAGAAAGACGUAUGGAUUUACAAACAGCUGCUGAUUUAACAUAUUAUGCUAUUCCGGAUUUGCAGAAGAGGAUUGAAGAUUUGGAAGCUUUAAAGGCCAGGGCUGAUGCAGAAGUGAUUGAAAAAUCAAGUGAACCGAAAUUAUUACUUACUGAUGUUGUAACAACAGAUCAAAUAAAUGAGAUAGUAGCUAGAUGGACAGGAAUUCCUGUAACACGAUUAACUUUAAGUGAAAAAGAAAAGCUUUUAAGAAUGGAAAAAAGUUUAUCACAAUAUGUAGUUGGACAAAAAGAUGCAGUAAAGGCAGUAGCAAAUGCUAUACGUCUUAGCAGGUCUGGUCUUUCCAAUCCUAAUCAACCAAUUGCUAGCUUUUUAUUUUGUGGUCCUAGUGGAACUGGAAAAACAUUGUUGACUAAACAAUUAGCAGAGUUUCUUUUUGAUGAUAAAAAUGCUAUGAUAAGAAUAGACAUGACAGAAUAUACUGAAAAACAUUCCGUUUCCCGUCUAAUUGGCGCGCCUCCUGGAUAUGUAGGUUAUGAUCAAGGUGGACAAUUAACUGAACAACUUAAAAGACGUCCGUUUUCUGUAAUAUUAUUUGAUGAGAUAGAAAAAGCCGCACAGGAAGUUUUGACUGUUUUACUUCAGGUUCUUGAUGACGGUCGUUUGACAUCUGGACAAAGUCAAACAAUAGAUGCUAAAAAUGCGGUAAUUAUUAUGACAAGCAAUUUGGGUGCUGAAUAUCUUACAAAUACUGUUGCUACACCAGACGGGAAGACUGAUGAAAUUACAAAAGCUAUGGUUAUGGAUAGUAUUCGUAAAUUUUUCAAACCUGAAUUUUUAGGACGCACUACAGUAGUAAUGUUUAACCGUCUAACAAAGAAAAACAUGCGCGAAAUUGUUAUUAAACAAAUUGAAGAAAUACAAAAAAGACUUGAAGAUAACAAUAGAAAAAUCAAAAUCGAAGUCGAUGAUGCUGCAAUCGCUUAUCUUAGCGAAGCUGGUUAUUCUCCUGCUUAUGGUGCAAGACCUUUAAAAAGAAUUAUUCAGAAUGAGAUUUUAAACAAACUUUCAAUUUUCAUGUUACGUGGACAAAUUAGAGAUAAUGAAACUGUUAAUAUUUGUUUUCACGAAAAAAAAAUAUAUAUUCAACCCAAUCAUGAAUCAACUUCUGAUAUGGGUGGUGAUGAAAGCAUGGACGAUGACUCAAUGUGUGAAGACAUUGAUGCUGAUGAGAUUUAUUAAUUUUAAUUUAUACUUUAAUUCAUAAAAUAAAUUUAUUUUAUUAAUACUUAAGACGACCCAUAAUUUUUAUCGUAAACCUUUUGAUCAUAAAAAAU